GGGAGAUCUGAGCAGCGGCGACGGCGGCACGGAGGCUGAGGCGGUUAGAAGGGAAGUGGCCAUGGAAGACCUGGGGGAAAACACCACCGUCCUGUCCACCCUGAGGUCUUUGAACAAUUUCAUUUCUCAGCGAGUGGAGGGAGGAUCUGGACUGGAUGUUUCCACGUCUGCCCAAGGUUCUCUGCAGAUGCAGUACCAGCAGAGCAUGCAGCUGGAGGAGCGAGCAGAGCAGAUCCGUUCCAGGUCCCACCUCGUCCAGGUGGAGCGGGAGAAGACACAGAUGGAGCUGAGUCACAAGAGGGCCCGCGUGGAACUGGAGCGGGCGGCCAGCGCCAGCGCCAGGAGCUACGAGCGCGAGGUGGACCGCAACCAGGAGCUCCUGACGCGCAUUCGGCAGCUUCAGGAGCGGGAGGCCGAGGCGGAGGGGAAGAUGCAGGAGCAGCUGGAGCGCUACAGGGUGUGCCAGCAGAGCCUGGACGCGGCCGGCAAGAGGCUGCGGGAGCAGGAGGACGGCCUGGCCGAGGCCGGCGAGACCGUCAGUGUGCUGAAGGGGAGGCUCUCGGACCUGCAGUGGAGCGUGAUGAACCAGGAGAUGCAGGUGAAACGCCUGGAGUCUGAGAAGCAGGAGCUGAAGGAGCAGCUGGAGCUGCAGCACAGGAAAUGGCAGGAAGCUAACGAGAAGGUUCAAGAACUCCAGGCCAGCCAAGAAGCACGGGUGGACCAAGAGCAGAGGAUUAAGGAUUUGGAGCAGAAGCUGUCCCUGCAGGAGCAGGACGCUGCGAUUGUGAGGAACAUGAGGUCUGAGCUGGCGCGGCUGCCCGCGAUGGAGAGGGAGCUGCGGGAGCUGCGGGGGGAGAAUGCCUGCCUGCGGGAGAUGCGGGACACCAACGGGCUGCUCCGGGAGGAGCUGGAGGGGCUGCAGCGGCGGCUGGGGCGGCAGGAAAAGGUGCAGGAGACCCUGGUCGACCUGGAGCUGGAGAAGGAGAGGCUGCUGACGAAGCUGCAGAGCUGGGAGAGGCUGGACCAGACCACGGGCUUGAGCAUCAGGACCCCAGAGGACCUGUCCAGGUUCAUCGUGGAGCUGCAGCAGCGUGAGCUCGCCCUCAAGGACAGGAACAGCUCCAUCACCAGCAGUGCCCGGGGACUGGAGAAGGCCAGGCUGCAGCUCCAGGAGGAGGUCCGCCAGCUCAGCAGCCAGCUGCUGGAGGAGAGGAAGAAGCGGGAGAUGCAUGAGGCCCUGGCCCGGCGGCUGCAGAAGCGCGUCCUGCUGCUGACGAAGGAGCGGGACGGCAUGCGCGCCAUCCUGGGGUCCUACGACAGUGAGCUGACCCCAGCUGAGUACUCGCCCCAGCUGACCCGCCGCAUGCGCGAGGCUGAGGACAUGGUGCAGAAGGUGCACGCGCACAGCUCGGAGAUGGAGGCUCAGCUGUCACAGGCCCUGGAGGAGCUGGGAGGCCAGAAACAAAGAGCCGACAUGCUGGAGAUGGAGCUGAAGAUGCUGAAGUCCCAGGCGGGCCCGGCUGAGCAGAGCUUCCUGUUCUCCAGGGAGGAGGUGAGCUCGCUCAGGUUGAAGGUUGAGGAGCUGGAGGGGGAGCGGAGCCGUCUGGAGGAAGAGAAGAAGGUGCUGGAGACACAGCUGGAGCGGCUCACCCUGCAGGGUGACUACGACCAGAGCAGAACCAAGGUGCUGCACCUGAGCCUGAACCCAGCCGGCGCGGCGAGGCAGCGGCUGCGUGAGGAGUGCGAGCGGCUGCGGGAGCUGGUCCACACCCUGGAGGCCGGCGGCGCCAUCCCCACCGACCUGGAGGCCGCCGCGGGGCUGCCCUCGUCCAAGGAGGUGACAGAGCUGAAGAAGCAGGUGGAGAGCGCGGAGCUGAAGAACCAGCGGCUGAAGGAGGUCUUCCAGACCAAGAUCCAGGAGUUCCGGAAGGUGUGCUACACGCUGACGGGCUACCAGGUGGACAUCACCACGGAGAACCAGUACCGGCUGACCUCCAUGUACGCCGAGCACAAGACCGACUGCCUCAUCUUCAAGGCCGCGGGACCCUCGGGCACCAAGAUGCAACUGCUGGAGACGGAGUUCUCUCGGACGGUGCAGGAGCUCAUCGAGCUGCACCUGCUGCGGCAGGACAGCAUCCCCGCCUUCCUCAGCGCCCUCACCCUUGACCUCUUCAGCCGCCAGACCGUGGCCUAGCCUGCAGCCCCCAGCCCCGCGCCAGCCGUGCCCUCAACUUCUGAAGGCGGAAGCAGGCAGCCGGCGGGAGCCCGCUCAGGCCCGUCCCCCCACCAGGCC